CGUAAACCUUAAAGGUUAAAAUCUAGUUCGUAUCGAAAAUUGUCCACUGCACAAAAAAGAUUACACUUUCAAAAAACAGUGAAACAAAACAGGCUGUCAUUCAGGAAGAUGAAUAAAGAAGCAUUUGGCAAAUAUUUUACUGGCAUAUACCAGGAUGGAAUGAUAAUGUUGUCAAUUGGUUUAGGGCAUGAUCUUGGACUAUUUAAAGUUCUUUGUGAAGCUACAAAGCCCAUAAGUCUUGAAGAAGUAGCAAAGACAUUGGAUCUGAAAGAAAGAUACACACAGGAAUGGUUAUCCACCAUGGUUGCAGCUGGAAUUAUACUACAGGACAGAGAUUCAAACCUGUACACAGUUCCUGAAGAUUAUAAGCAGACCAUUAUGUCAAAUAUGGGCUUUGCACCAAUUUUGUUUACAUUAGGGAAAAGGUCGGAUAAAGUGAAAGAAUGCUUCAAAAAGGAUGGUCCUUAUGGGAUAAGUUACCAGGACGAAGAAGCUACUGGCUGGUUUGACUGGUUUGAUGGAUACCGGUCAUUGAUGGUUGAAGGUGCAAUAGACAAGGAAGUUUUACCAUUACUAACACAGCAAGGGGUUGUUCCUAAUCUUGAAUCUGGCAUCAAAGUGCUUGACGUUGGUUGUGGCUCUGGUAACUUUACAAAUCUUCUAGCCGAAAGAUUUCCAAAAUCAACAUUUACUGGGUUGGAUUAUUCGGAAGUUGCAAUAGAAAAGGCCAAUAAAAUUAAAGCUAAGAAGGGAUUAACUAAUAUUACAUUCACUACAGGUGAUGCACACAAUUUAACAGAAGACUGGACUGAAAGUUUUGACUUUGUGUUUGUUUACGAUGUAUUGCACGACUUACCAGAUCCUCAUAAAGCUUUGACACAAAUUUACAAAGUGUUGAAGAAAGGUGCCCGUUUUAGUCUCAUAGAGAUUGGUUUCCAUAGCAACCCACUCGACAAUGCCGGUGAUAAAAGUGCAGCUAUGUACUAUUCAGCUAGUUCUUUCAUUUGCCUACAGUCUAGUAUGUCAGCUCCUCCACAUAUUGGGUAUGGGGCAUGUUGGGGAAGGGAAAAGAUUGAAAAGGCUUUAAUAGAUGCUCAAUUUCAAAUUGAAGGCUCAUCGCCAAUUAUUGUGAUGGGUACAAAGACAUUUUUCCUUUGUACAAAAUAGGCAUGUAUGGCAAACAAACUGUCUUGAAUUAUAAAGCAUAAUCAUUAAAAUUGGAAAGGGUUUUUUUAUUAUAAAAUACUUUGUACAGUUAUAAUAAUUAUCAAAUUGUUUUUAGCGACAUGUACAAUGAAUAAUCAAGUAUGUAAACAUAUGAAAAAUUGUUAUCAGUAGUGAAUUCAGGCUUAGACUUCAGAGCUGUAGCCCUCAGCUUGGUCAGAGGAUAAAUUUUCAAGCUGG